UUUACAUACAUACAUUGUACGUGAAGAAGAUGUUAUAUUUCUCCAAAUACGACUUCUUUCUUCACUUCCCCUUUGAACAUGAUUGUGUUGCAAUAAACAAGACUGAAGAGCUGCAGCUCAGCCGACUUUAUUUGUUCUUUGGUUUGAGCUGCAGCUCAGCCGACUUUAUUUGUUCUUUGGUUUGUUUUAACAAGUAAUCGCAAGGACGAAAUAAUGACAUGGACCAAAAGCUCAACUUGCUCACUGAAGAUGAUCGCGCAGAAAUUGAUUUGGAUUUUUCUGCUUCAAUUUGAAGUGCCAGCAUGUUCAAAUUAAAAAGUGUUGGUCCUAAAAGUGAGCCUUGGAGAACGCCACAAUCCAACCCAUGACAUCCAGACAAGGAGUCCUCACCCAUGGUGACAUAAAAUUAUCUGCCGUCAUUAGCGGCCAGCACACGUACGUCUUUGCCAGGGCCGGGGAUGUGGCCAUUCUGCCCUGCAAGCGGUCCUCCUGCUCUGGCUUGGGCUGGUCGUACAGUCGGGACCGGAGCCCUUUUGUACGCGAGGUGGAGAACGGCCGAGUGCUGACCACCUCAGCCAGAAGUCAACGCCUCAGCCUGAAGGACGACUGCUCGCUGCUCGUUGGUCAGGUGGAGGCAGAGGAUUCUGGUUUCUUUACAUGUGUACAAAAGGGGCAGCCAGAACUCAACGUUUUCCUGACGGUGAUGACAUUGACAUCAUCGUCUCCUCGGGAUUCUGAUUCAAUGGGAGAGGGUCACGUGAUCCUGAAGUGUUCCUUGGCCUGCUGGCCAGGUAUUAGGUGUUCUUGCAGGCAGCGGAGGUUCCGCUGGAUGGACGCGGAAGGCCAGGAGCUUUACCCGGAAGGCACCCAGCAGAAGAACUGCGUGUCCUUUUUCAAAGUACUUCCUGUUUGCCGUAACAGGAAUUACGCGUGCCAAUACGUGUGCAGAGAUGACGUGAAGGUCCAGGCCCAUUACACAGCUGUCUUCCAAGAGGUCAACACAAGAGGUCCUGGAGGUCGCACCCGGCUCAUCAAUAUCAUUCAGGUGGCCGUCGCCGUCUCGUUGGUGAUCGUCUUCGUUUUGGCCGUCGUCCACAUCCAGACGAAGUUGAGAAGAAACACAGCCCAGGAUACGACUGGAUCGUGAGGCACAGCUCCCGUAUACAGAGGGAAGAGGCCGGGUUUUGCAACACUUCUUACACAGUGGAGUGUUCAAGAGCGUUAAUAGAUUUGUCCUCAGGCUAUACACUUUAGAUUGCGCAGUGGCGGUGAGUGGCGUGUGCGCAGAGGGCGACACUCCACGCUCCCCGUGGACGAAUGGAUUUACCAUGUGCAGUUGAUGCUCACUUAGUAUCUGGACCAGUUUUGAACGGUAGCACCCCCUGCACCCGAUAAUGACUUUGCCCAACAUGGUGCCCCCCUUAUAGUGAUGAUUAUUCUGUUUAAUUCUUCUGUUUUGACCAGUGAUGGCGCAUACAAUGAAUUCUUGCUUUGGAAAUUUUUGGGUUGAGUUCUCCUUUAAUGGUCAUGUUAAACAUGACCAACUUGUUUUGUUUUUUAAAUGUAUUUCGAUAUUAAUCAACACAAUGAUGAUUUUUACUUUUUUUUUCAGAAGCAGGGAUUUGAAUUUCUGUCCCUCAGCCAAUGUUUUGCUUUGAUUUACGAGCGAAUCUUUGAGAUACGAGCGCCGCGCGGUGGCAGUAAACUCAACUCUAUUCACGUUACAAUAAGCAGCAGUUUGGCGGACAUGCAUAAUUAUUCCGAAAACAGGCUUCAAGCAUUUAAUGCCACUCCCAGUUCAAGUUUAAGUGUACUUGCCGGCCAGGGAGGCUACGCUGGAUGGACUAGGAAGGCAAGGAGCGUUCCCCGAGAGGCGUCAAGAAGAAUAACUGCGCGUCCUCCUUGAAAAUACUUCCUGUUGACCGCAACAGGAAGUACACGUGCCAAUACAUGCAACAAUCAUAUGUAAAAGUCCAGGUCCAUUACACGGCUGUUUUGAAAGAAGUCAACACAUGAGGUCCUGGAGGUCCGCCGCCUGGCCGCACCCGGCUCAUCGAUAUCAUUCGGGUGGCCUUCGCAGUCUUGUUGCUGAUCGUCGUCGUCGUGGCUGUUGUCCUCGACAAGAUCAAGUCGAGAAGAAACGCAGCCCAGGGUACAAAGAUAUGAGAAUCAAUAACAUCAGCAGUUCCUAUCGAAGCCUUCCAGCGAUCCAUUUUUACCAAAAUAGGCUCACUCAAAUUUACUAUUUACUAUUUUCACUUGUUAGCCAGACUCAAUCGUGAGACUGAGGCGACACAAUGCUGCACGGCUCCCGCAGAGUGAGGGAACAGGCGGAGUUUUACGGUCUUUUUCAGGCAGUGGCGCGGUCACUAAUUAUUAUAUGACUACUAUUGACUACUCAUUUAUUAACCACUACGUCAGUCGGUUAAACUGGUAGAAGGAGCCGGAUUGAGAAUGACUCCCGAUGUUGUUGAAAGUCUCCAUUUCAAGUAUCCAUUUUGUUGUCUGUCAACUGCUGUGGGGAAUCGAAAUGUGCUUCCGAAAUACUGCAAUUGUUAAAUUGUAUUCCCUUCACUACUAGUACUAUUAUGAAACAUUUGUGUUAUUAAAGUACAACUGAUCACAUCGUGAA